GCUGUGUUCACAGUGCAGUUUAAUCAGUGAGUAUUGUGCGAAGACCUGUUUUUAAAAGCCUGAGCUGAAAAGAUAUACUAAAUAUAUUUAUUUGAAGUAUUAAGUAUUGCUUGGUUUUCUGAGUAGGGGAUGACACUUUCAAAGCUGGAAUCUGGAAAAUAAUUUUGUUUUGUAUUUUCAGGUUUAAGGUUUGACCUGGCUGUUUGGAGUCUGUCCCCUCAUAAAAGGCCACUUUGGACAUUUAAAAAAAAGUGUUUCUGAGUUCAAGCAUGAUGGUAACUACCUUUCUUUUGUACUUCAUUCUGAGGCAUGUUUCGGGCACAUUGUAUGGACCAAGGUUGUUGAUAAGUCCUGUUGGAGGAUCAGUGACAAUCACUUGCUACUAUUUAGCCACAACAGUCAACAGACAUGACAGAAAAUAUUGGUGCAAGGAGUCAAAGUUUCUCUACAAACCUUGCCAGACUAUCAUUUCCACUAACCAUUUCAUCCUUCAAGGCUAUGAAGGAAAAGUGUCAAUGAAAGAUGACCCUCAGAAAGGGAUUUUGAAAGUGACAAUGACACAGGUGGAGAAACAAGACUCCAGUAAUUACAGAUGUGGCAUUGGCAAGACAGAUCACAAUUUAUAUGCUGGAGUGAAUCUAACUGUUUGGGAAGGUCCAAAUCCACCAAAAUCACCAGAAAUUAUUUGGGGUAAACUGAGAGGAUCAGUGAUGAUACAAUGUCCAUUGGAAACAACUACACUGAUCAUGAGGGAUUCCUUGUGCAAAAUUAGUAGAUAUGGCUGUAUUCCCAAAGUAGAUAAAGGCAGAAAUGGAAGAAUUAAUGUUACUAUGGAAGACAGCUCAGGAAUGCUCAAUGUCAUUAUAAAUGAACUGAGGGCACAAGACUCCGGAAUGUAUCGAUGUGGAACGGGAACACUUAAUGAUACUGCAAGGAUAAUACAACUUCAAGUCAUUCAUGAAUCUGUUUUCUCUAAUAUUGUAAGCAAAAUAAAUGCCACAUAUGAGCCACGAGCAAUGUAUACACCUUCUCAAGAGCAUGACGAGAAAUCUGCAAAUGAAGUUUCUAAGGAAAGGUCUUCACAAACUGAACAAAACCUGCUUGCAGUUGUGAUACCGAUUAUUGUUAUACUACUAGUUCUUGCUGGCAUUGCUAUUACAGUGCUUAUUAAAAUAAAGCAGUGGAGGAAGAAUGACUCGUAUGAUGUUCCUGUAAAAGACCCUGAAGGACAAAUGCCACUAAAUAACCCAAAGAGUUCAGAGGAACAAUCCAAGGAGCAAAAUAGAACUUCAGUCAUUGAAAAAGAGUCUGCCGUAGGAUCUGAUAAUG